GAUCUGGUUUCCCAGCCCCCACACCUCCGCCCCCCUCCAUCACCUCUCACUGCUCGUCUUCUACCUCUGACACGACAACAACGCUUCCCCAGCUGCUGCCAGCUUCAACUCUAUGGGGGGACGAUGGGGCUGUGGACGCCGCUUCUCCUGCUCCUACACCUGGCAGUCUGCGUUUCCCUCCCAGCGCCGGCCAACGUUUCCAUCACCUCCUACAACAUGGAGCACAUCCUGAGGUUCUGGCCGGACCCACGGACCCCCCCAGACGCCCGCUUCACGGUCCAGAUCCACAGCACCAGGAAGCAGCGAUGGAAAACGGUGGCUGAGUGCGCCGAGCUGACAGCCGGACAGACUUGCAAUCUAACCAGCAAACUAAAGGACAUGUUUGGCUACUACUUGGCCCGAGUCCAAGCCUUAAGGACCAACCAGACCUCCAACUGGACCUCAUCGAAUCUGUUCCACCCUCUGGAAGACACGUUUCUGGGACCGCCUGAGUUUUCCGUAUCCGGCUGUGGGAACUGUUUGGUCCUGCAGGUCCGAGACGGCCCGGGGACUCCCUCCUAUCACAACGAGGAACUGAAGGACCUGCACAAGGAAAUGGAGCUGAACGUGAGGAGAACCAGAGACGGCGCCGAGUUCAGACUGAAGCAGUCCUACCAGCAGGAGACCGUGAUCUCGUACCUGCAGCCAGGUGUGGAGUACUGCGUCUCCGUCUCCUUCAAGUCCUUCAUAAACCGGAACAGCGUCCCCAGCGAAUACCGUUGCGCCUUCACCAGUCCUCCUCCACCCCAGCACACAUUGUUCCUGGUCCUUGGCCUGUUGGGGGGAUUUACUCUUUUGGUGGUCAUCUUCGUGGGCCGGUUCAUCUACAGCAGCAAGGUGAGCUUGGAAUUACUGAGACGACACCUUAACAGGUUAAAAAUCAGCAUCUGCCCUCCAUGAAGUUCAGAUCGCAGUCCUACACCUGCCUGAUGUCUUCUCUCACAGAGGAGGACGGCGUUACGACCUAAACCAUCCUGAGGAAACAGGAUUUCAGUUAAUUUGAGUUCCUCUACUGAAGAGAACUUUUUUUUUAAUGUUUACUUUUAUAAUCAAGUUGUACUCAGGACAUCUAACCUCCUCACCUGCCAGAGGAGAUUUUUAUACAAUUACUGUAAAAUAAUCAGCACAGAGGGUUUUAUUUAUCUUUUUUCACUGAGGUUUAUUUUAAUUUUCUUUGGUUAAAACAUGUUUUUUUUCCUUCUUCUUGAAGAAAUUUCUGCCAGUGUGUUUUAACCCUUCAGUAACAGAAUGUAUGUUUAAUGUGUAAAAAUCUAUAUCUUAUUAUUUUGUUGGAAAAAGUAAACGAUUUAUGUUAUCUUUUGCAAAAAGUACCUGCACUUUUAUAAAGCUGUGUUUUGGAUUUCUGAGACAAAUGACGCACACCUGUAAAAGAAUCUGCACAGAUACAAACUGAGGUAAGAAAUCAAUCAUUUGGAUCAAUAAUCCAAUGAUAUUUAAACUUUGGUGAAAAAUCUGAGCAGAUUCUGAUGACAAUGUGAUUUGAGAAGAUCCAAACUUUUAAAUUCAGAAAUAUAUUUUAUUUUUUCUUUAUGGCAAUUCUUCUCUAUGUCUGUGCAGGAACAAAUUUCUGAGCCUUUUAACUGAUGGUAAAUGCAAUAAGAAUGCAAUAAAUUGUGAAUUUUC